UGUGACAUGCUGAAGAGAGAUGCUGCCAUCAUGCCUGCCUGCCAAUUGCAUAGCUGAUGUGGCACUGCAGCUGACUAGCACCACUUCAGCCUUACGGGCAAACUUAGUCGCGUCCCAUGACCCAGAGUUCUUCCGGAACGCAAUUGUCAGGAAUGCGUUUGCUCGUUAGUGUUCCUUACCAGUAGUAUUUUCUAGGGACCAGAACUUCACUGCCCGACCAGUGCGAGUAGCGCCAUCGCUGUUAGGUUAGGGCGUUGAGUCAGCAUCUUCGAUGGCAGCUAAUGACGAGAGCAUAAGUGCGCUACAAGAUCUUUCUCUUUCCUCUGUGCCUCCAGACGGCUGUUCUAGUGCUCCACUCCAAGAAAUGGCAUUUCGACAUUCUGCUUCCGAGAGUGGGCCUCCAAUCCAAGUUCCUAAGCCUUCUCGGCGCGUCCAUUUCGCGCCCACCAGCUCCAACAUCUUCGGCAUCGAAGUUCCGCCGAGGGAAGAAGGGUCCUCGCAGAUUGCUCCUGAUGAUACUUGGCGUAACAUUCAAGAGCGGGUGAAGGAGGCGUUUGGUCAUGGCAGUGGUGAAGGCGAUAAGGACGGAGAAGGGGAGGAUGAGGAAGAAGCUUCAGGGAAACAGGGGAGUAGAAGCUUCCUCUUUCGCACUCAAAGUGAAUGCACUUGGCAGUCUCGUCGCACAGCGAUUCUGGGAGCCACAUUGGGUACGCCUCGUAAUCGUUCCCCACUGACCAAGUCCCACUCACAGCCACCCUCCAUGAUGGAGGACAUUAAGCUGAAGGACCAAUCUUGAUAAGGCCAUGAUCCUGUCCUCGAUACCUUCUUGGGUGGUGUAAGAUGGCAUCGAUUUCACAUCAUUGACUCAAGCUCUAGGUCUUAGAACCCGAAUCCUCUAUGCUGUCGUUGCACAUUCUUUAUGCAGAAGUUGGAUUCUUGGGAGUACUAAGCGAAAGAGU